AUGAAUUUGCUGAGGCGAUUCGUUUCAUCAGAGAUGUUUAUGACAGGAAAAAGCGUACUCAUUCUUAACCUAAUUGUACUUCCUACUUUCGUUUUUAGCUAGUUGUACGCUAGUUGUAACCUUAACCUUAACCUCAUGGAUGCUAGUUGUAACCUUAACCUCAACCUUAACCUCAUGGAUGCUAGUUGUAACCUUGACCUUAACCUUAUAGACUGAUCCUUAAUCAUACUAGUUGUACUUUCCUACGUAAAUCCUGCUCUCUAAUUUCUUGGGUAGGAAACUCGCUAGGAUACUAUGAGUAUAGAGUGCUUGCAUUUUUCUGAAACGGAGCAUGCUAACUAUGAGUACAACACGUUUUCCACCUUUCAUUAUACUCGAGGAUGGCGACCCUCUACCGACUGCGUCUGUUGUAGUCGUGGACCAGCAAGAUAAAGUAAUCAGGGACGGACAAGAACAUGGGGCGGUUGUCGUGCUAACCUUUACGCAUAGUGCGCAGAGUAAAGCGGAAAAACUAAAAGCAACAUCUUCUCCUCCAGGCUGCGAGGCAGGAAACAACUCGUGCGACGAGAAGGAUGGGAUGGUACUGCAAAAUGAUAGCAAUGAAUCGAUUAAAGGAAGACCUUGAGAAAAGAUACAGAGGGCAAAUGACCUCAAGUAAGUUUCACAUUAUGCUGUGCUUGGAGUAAUAAAAAUCCACCAUAUAAUAGUUACUAUAAGCAUAUAUUUUCUACACUAGCUACAAUAAAAUCAAAAUUCAAAAGGUUGUUGUUCGGCUUACGUCUCGCAAUGUCGAUGAUUCAUCUGUGCGUGAUCAAAUCUCUAGCGCUCACCGUGUUGUCGUCGUGGUUCCUUCUACCGCUUCGCUUCGAGAUGCCUGCUAUGAGUCGUUGCGGCCUCUCUUUGCCCCUAAUCCGCUGCCAGCAGAAACGGCAGAGCAAGUGUGUCUGAGAGAGCUAGACAUGGUGAAACAGUUAAGGGGUCUAAAGAUAAUUCUUCCUUAAUUCAAAUCAUCUUCACUGGAGGUAUACAGGUUACUCAUUAUAAUUCAUUACAUUAGUCUGAGUGAAGCUGUCGUCCCUGGGCAAUCUGAGACUGACCAUGAAGGUAGACAAGAAGAUGAAUUUUUAGACUUAGAGCUCUAACACAGACUUUGACACAACUGGAUCAGAGCAACUCCAUUAUUGUAUCAGAGGAGCGCUUUCUGGAGCUCGCUUCGUACACUGCGUUCGAGUCUGUGGUGUCGAGCACGGUUGCCUCGCUUCGGGAGGCGUUGGAAAACUUGCAUGUUUCUUUUAUGGUUUCCCUUUUUUAUUUCAACAUCUCUCUUAAGAAGAAUCAAUCUUUUUAAAGAGUGACUGGUCACGUUCUACUUAUGCUUAUUGAUUGUACAGCGAAGUAAGACAGUCGUGAUAGAUUGAUGAAUCUACUGAUUCUUUUGCAGUAGUGACGCAAAUAACUGUUCUAACGAAUAUCGUGCGUAAGCAGGGGUGCAGGUGUGCGAAGGCAGACUUUUGGAGUAUGCGACUUUUGUGGAUGGAAGAUAGGAGAUCGUACCAUAGGUUUAGAUUCUUGCAUGAUGAUGUUAGAAGAGGUUCGGAUUAUAGAAUUACAUGCAUAACAGGAAAGUUGUUCACGAUUUGAUGUACUAAAGAUGUGUUGUUCGUUGUCCUCAUGGAGGUGAACGUGUAGUGCUAGUCAUCCGGUUAAGUCUAAUUUUUUCAAAGUGAAACUACCAGAAAACUGGUGGUGGUAUUCGCGCCUUCUUUGGUGCUACGAACUUACUUUUUCAGAGAAGCAUAUAAUGAUUAUAGGAUAAUCUUCAUCUUCGUAAGAACAGAGAGGUGUACUAGCGUAUUUAGCUGUUGCUGUCGUAUCAUAUUUUCCAUAGGGGUAUAUUUUUCUGGAAUUGUAGUUGUAUUACACUGAGCUAUGAACAUUAUGUUCAUGCAAAUGCAUUAGAUUUUCCACGAUAGGUCUAGGACUAUCCACUGCGUACUAGAACAAGAAUUGGAGGAAGAAGACACUGAACGAAGAUGGGUGUGAUGUUACUAGACGUCGAAAGCAGAAGUGGUCCCCCGCUGGCUGCUCGAGCCAUGACCACUGCAACUGGUCUAGUUGCACACGCCUGGAAGACCGAAAUAGCUCGUCAUUUAAGCAGCCAAUUAGUUUUAGGAGUCUAGAUUUAGUAUCCAGAACAAAGGCAUGGGCAACACCAACAGAGAUGAGGAGGCUAGAAGAUGAGAUGAAGGGGAUCAAUUAGUAUCAACAGGUGCAGAGGCGAGGAGGCUAUAAGAUGAGAUGAAGGGGAUCAAUUAGUAUCAACAGGAGCAGAGCGAUGAAUGUGUCAUUAUAAGCGAUGAAUGUUGAAAGAAAACUAUUGCUGAGCAGCGUGUUUCACCACGGUAUUGAAGUUUAUAACAGCUAAAGGAGUUUUCAGCAUCAUAAACUUCUAAUGGUAGGCUUAUGCCUAGAACAAAGGUAAACAGCCUUUUCAUGAGUUUCAUAAUCGAUUUGUGUAGAAACUGUGAAGGUGUUGCAAGCUGUUGUAAGUGGUAUCCUCAAAAACCCUCAGAUUAUUUUCAUAGGAGAAAUCUACCCGCCUGGCAUGAUACAUCUUGAGGACGUUUUGCCUUUGCGACACAAGCUCAAGAUGUUGUCUAGUAUGAUUGGAUCUUCCCUUAUUUGUGUAUGUUAUCUUGUGAAUGUGAAGGUGGAUUAGGGAGAUUUGUACACAUGUAUUUGUGUAUGUGAAGGUGGACUAGUGAGACAUGCGAAUUAAGAACGUGUGAUCUACUCUUGCCUGUGAGAGAUAGGUUUCAAGGUUUAUGCAGUCGUUGAAAAUAGAGCUUGAUGUGUACUUAAGCACGGAUCACGACUGCACCUGCACCAGCUACAUGAGUUCUACGAAGGCAUUUAGAUUUACAUCACCUGGUGCGAUGUUUUCGACUUGUAUUUCACAGUGGUAUCUAUUACUUUUUAAGAGUUCUUAUGUUCUCCCAUACUUUCAUUAAGGUGCUUGCAAGAACAACAUUCAUUGAUUUGGUUGAAUAUUUCUGCGAAGUGUAACCAAAACAGUACAUGCACAUUUGUUUUGAUGAGUUGGCAGCCAAAUGUUGGCUUGCAAUGCUUGAUUACAAUUUACACAUGAUGUGGAUUUGUUUUGACGAGAACUAGAAGAACUUCGACGAUGAAAUCUCAGUGCAACACACGGUUCCGUUCGUUCUUUCCACGUAGAGGAAAUGUCGAU